UUGGUCAUACUGAACAGCUGGCAAAAAUAUUUGCAAACUGGAAUUUUUUUAUUUUUAGUGAAAAUAGUUGAUAAAACUGCAGUUUUACCAUGGAAAUUGCGGAUACCUACUACAGUAAAGAUGAAUACGUGGAGACGGCCUCCGGAAACAAAGUCAGUCGGCACACGGUGCUCUGCGGUUCCCAGAACAUCGUGCUCAAUGGCAAAGUGAUCGUCCAGAGCGGCGCCAUAAUCCGUGGAGAUUUGGCCAAUGUCCGGACUGGGAGAUACUGCGUGAUCGGCAGGGACUCCGUCAUCCGACCGCCUUAUAAGCAGUUCAGCAAGGGAAUAGCCUUCUUUCCCAUGCACAUUGGGGACCAUGUUUUCGUCGGCGAAGGAGCCGUAGUCUCGGCAGCCACCAUCGGAUCCUGUGUUUACAUCGGCAAGAACGCCAUUAUUGGUCGUCGCUGUGUUCUCAAAGACUGCUGCGUGAUUGAGGAUGGAGCUGUUCUGCCACCGGAGACAACGGUGUCCAGCUACAUGCGAUACACGGCCAAGGGAACCAUCGAGGGUGGCCAGGGCAAUCCGUACUUUGUGCCCGCCGCCAUGCAGGAUGAGAUGAUCAACUACACAAAGUCAUUUUACGAGCAUUUCGUGCGAGCUCCGGCACCAGCCAGCUGAAGACUAUAGGUACUACUUUUGAAGGCAUAAAUAUUGGCUUAAAUGCAGUUGAUAGAUAUAAGUAUUAAUCACAUUUCUCCCUAUCAAUUGCAUAUACAUAUGUGGGAACCUUAUAACAAAUGUCCUCUGUUCUUAGUGACAAUGUAACAUUCGUCGAAGCCGCAAAAUAGUUUUAUACGUAUUUAUAUUUGAUUAAAUGAGUUAAACUGAAUUACUAUCUGUCUAAUCUAA